AUGCCCAUGAUCCUCCAUGAUUAUGCCAGGAUUGAUCGGAUGAAUGUUGCCAACGACAACACCUUGCACCUGGAGAGCAUCCGUAUACCACGUGAUCAAAAUGAUAAUGCAAACAACUGCGCUCAGGAACCAGCUUCGAUUCAUCAACAUCACAGCGUCGCGGAUAAAAUGAAACGCUCCAUCAUGUCGAGAUUGAAAAAGGAGGUUGGGAGCGACUUUGGUAUUCAAGAGGUCAUUAACGAUGUAUAA